CUCCAACAGCAAUUUUUGAUAACUUCAACAAGGAAUUUGGCAUUUGUUUACAUAGAGUUGGGUAACAAUCACUAUUGCUUGGCAUAGUUUACUUUGAUGUGAACAGAAUCAAGUUUUCCAGAGAAAAGAAAACUAAACUAAUAAUCACUUGUGAAAGAAUUCUUAAAGCCAAGCAUUUCGCUUAUUUAUUAGAUUUUUACCGAGACUCAAAAAGCAGCUUUUAAAUAUCCGUCGAGUUCUAUAUCAUUUAUGAAUAAACUUCUAACUGAACAGAGAGAGGAGGUUCAUGAAAACAUAUUUGUUUUUUUUUUUUUUCAAAUCCAUUUAAAGAGUUAUCUUUACGUCUUAAUUUUCCUGAACUAUAUGAUUCCCCAAAUCAACGUCGGUUUAUCUUAUGGUUGAGUGAACAAACUAAAACGAUUGAACGCUCACUGUUUAAAUACAUAUGUACUUCUUUAGUUUAUAAAAUAAAUCAAUUCAAAAAGGUAAUCAAUCCUUAGAUGUACGGAUUUAUGGACUAGAGUCUAUAAAUGCACUUUCUCUGUUUGUUUACAUUUGCGGUACAGUACUUACACUUAACCAUUUGUUAGGUAGAUUUCUCCAAACAAGCUAGAAUUUUGUAUUUGCUUUAAUGGAACAGAGAAUUCUCCCUUACACUAUCCACGAUUGGUCUAGUUAUUCUGGAAAAUAUCAUCCAUACAAUAUUGCAAAACAUGAACCUCGAAAAGUCGACAGUCGCUGGAGCUGCGCUAACUCAAAAUUCUUUUCAAAACUAGAUAUGCAAUAUGUUCUACUGAAAUUAAAAGAACCAUGCGUGGUCACAGACAUUUCGUUUGGAAAAUACUGUGCACCUCAUCUCUGUAACUUGAAAGAAUUUGCUGUCUAUGGAGGAAGAGAUCAGUGGCAUCUUCGACUACUUCUCAAAGCGGGUCUUACCAAUGACUCAAAUACAGAAAGUUUCGUCCUUCAGUCGCAAAAGGAAAGUCCAAACAUUUAUCCAUUCGUUUGCAAGUAUAUCAAAAUUGUUCCAUUACAGGCACACGCUCCUGAGUUUAACCUUAGUAUAUGGUAUGUUGAACUUCAUGGAUAUAAUGCUCCUCAUUGUUUAUCGACCGUUGAAAAACAACGUGUUAAGGAGUUGGAGAAGAAAGCGAUAAAGUACUUGCUUUCUUAUUUUUUAUAUAAAGGAAACAGUCAAGUCUAUUCAGCUAUCGCUCACCAUUACCAAAUACCGUAUAUGCUUUCGCCAUUAAAUCUGCUUUACAAUGCUAUAUGCGAAUCAGGAGACUUAUACGAAGCCAUUAACUUAUUUCAAAAUAAGGUUUGGAAAGAAAUAAGUCAAAAAUGGAGGAAGGAAGCACAGCCAAAAUUGCUUGCUGAGGAGAUAUCCAAGUUUGGGCGUGGAAUCGGUUCUCGAAGUGGACAUCAAAUGGUUUAUAACUCACGAGACAAAUGUAUAUAUCAUUACGGCGGAUGGGACGGAAUUGAGACAUUUUCUGACUUUUGGAAAUUCUCUGUCGAAACUCAAACCUGGAGCCUCUUAGGAUCUAACCAACCUCCUGGAAAACGUGUAUGUCAUCGAAUGAUAUUAGAUUCUUCCCGACAAUGUAUUUAUUUGCUCGGUAACUACUUUGGCACCGCUGGAGGGAAUCUUAUAAGUCCAGAUGUCAAGCCCGAUUUUUGGAAAUACAGUAUUGAAGAAAGAUUAUGGACUUGCUUAUCGAAAGACACGUCUUUAGAGCUAGGUCCUAUGGCUAUAUUUGACCAGGCUAUGGCUUUAAACGAGAAGGAAAAUGUAAUAUAUAUAUGCGGAGGAUGCAAAUGGGAUCCAGGAGAUUUGGUAUUUGAAACGUUUUAUUUAUAUCACGUAGAUUACGGCAUUUGGGAAAAAAAGGUAAUUGCUUUCAAAUCUUCGAAUGCCAAUAUGAAAUUACUUACCGAAAGAAUGGGCCACUGUAUGGAGUAUGCAUCAGAAGAAGGUCUUCUUUACAUCUUCGGCGGACAAACGCAUGACCAACAAUUUCUUGCAGACAUGCACGUUAUCAGCACUUCCAGUUGGGAGGCGCAAAGCUACGACUGGUCUCAACGUGGAAAAGAUUGCCCUUAUCCAGCAUUUUGCCAAAGGAGCUCACUUGAUGAAGAAAACCAGAGGAUUUUUGCUUUCUAUGGAUAUGAGCAAAGGGAGUAUCACAAAAUCUUACAACCAAGUAUAUGGGCUUACUAUAUUAAACAAAAACAAUGGAAAAAAGUUAUAGAUAUAAACGAGAAAAUUGGUGAUCCACAUCCUUGUGCAAGGUUCGGUCAUGCUUUGGCAGUCAAUUGGGAAACUGAAACAUUUUACAUUUCCGGAGGAAAUGCUAGCUCCCAUCCCUUAAAACCGAUGAAACUGAAAGACUUUUGGAAACUUCAGAUCAACGAAGAAUGGGGUCAAGAUACUAUAUAUGAACAGAUCCUCUUAGAAUUGCACAUUCAAAGGUUUCACGAGCUAAAGUAUAAGGAUCCAGUGGAGGCCGUAUAUUACCUACAAACUGAAUUACAGCCAAGGUUUAAACAAAGCCAGACGUUCUGGAUCCGAAUGAUUACAGGUAUUUUUAAAGAGAAAUUAGGAUUCGAAGACUUAAAGAGAUUUCGGAUGGAAACCUUUGAAAAAAUCCGUGACCUUCUUCCACAUUGUGAAGAUGAAAUCGUUCCAAGUGACACAUUGUUAAACAUGGUUGAGCUAUUUUGAAACUCAUAAAACUUAUUUACCAAGAUCAUGUCAAAAAAUAAUCAUGAAUUAACCCUUCACAUACUACUCGUAC